CUUCUUGGUCUUUAUCUUUGUACUUUUUUCUUGUUCGUUUCGUUUUUCAAUCGUUCCAAUGCGGGUGUUUGCUUUGCGCAUUUUCUUAAACUCCAAUUAAGUCUAGGUUGGACAAAUGAUUAGCACCUUAAUGUUUUAGUCUUGCUUGUGAUAAAAACGUGAUCCACAGAAGUGUGUUUAUGAAGAUAUAGUUUUAUAACACUUAAAUCACUUUCAUAAAUAAUUAUUACAUCUUUAUAUCUAGAUAUCGCGCUAUAAAUAUUUAAAGUGCUAUUUCAGUGUUAAAUAUUCGGCGUUAAAAAUGAAUCAAGACAAAUCUAAUGGACAUAAAAUCGCACCAGAUUUACGUGUUGGUCUUCAAGUUGAUGAAAUAGAAAUCCCUGUACCGUGGGGCCACGUCGCUGGACGAUGGUGGGGCCCUAGGGACAAGCAACCGUUAAUCGCUAUCCACGGCUGGCAGGACAACGCCGGGACCUGGGACAACCUCAUCCCACUCCUGCCAACGUCGACCUCCGUCUUGUGCCUUGAUCUCCCGGGACACGGCCUCUCCUCGCACUAUCCGACCGGAAUGCUGUACUACAUAUUCUGGGACGGUAUAGCGCUUCUAAGAAGAAUAGUCAAACACUUCAAAUGGAGUAAAAUCAGUCUAAUGGGACAUUCACUAGGUGGCGCUCUGAGUUUCAUGUACGCGGCAUCCUUCCCGGAUGAUGUAGACAGGAUCAUCUGCAUUGAUAUCGCCAGCCCCGCAGUGAGGGUUCCAGAAAACAUGGUGAAAGGAACUGGCUGGUCUAUUGAUAAGAUUCUAGAAUACGAAACUUUGUCGGAAGAUAAAAUACCUUGCUACGAUUACGAAGAGAUGAUAGAUAUUGUAGUAGACGCGUAUAAAGGGUCAGUGUCAAGGGAGAACUGCAAAGUUUUAAUGAAGAGAGGCAUGGCUCCAACGCCCGCGCAUUUGAAGAAGAAAGGAUACCAUUUUAAAAGGGAUCCAAGGCUGAAGGUUUCUGGCCUAGCGAUGAUGUCAUUGGAAACAGCAUUAGCUUAUGCUGCCAAAGUUAAAUGCAAAGUUCUUAAUAUCAGAGCGGUUCCCGGACAGAAUUGGGAGAGGUUAGAUUAUUAUAUGGCGGUUGUCGACAAACUUAGAGAAACCACUGACUUGACGUACGUAGAAGUGGAAGGCACACAUCAUGUACAAUUAAAUUCACCGGAAAAUAUAGUUAAUAUUGUAGAAGAUUUCUUAGAAAUGUACUAAGUGUUCGCUUAGGCUUGUUUCAAUGUUGUGAUAACUUGUGAUGAUGGGGGUAGUUAGCAAAUUCGCACGAUAAGUCGUUGUGCAACGACUAUAAAUCUAGUUGUAAGGGUAAUUUUUAGGGUAAUUUAUUCAUUCCUAUUUAGUGACGUUAAUAAUGCUACAGCUAUAAUAAAUUAUUCACAAAGUUCUGCUAUCACAAUAUUAGUGUUAAUGCGUAGAUUUAGGGAAGAAAUGAAAAUGGUGGUAAUACAGUCCACUUUAGCAUAAAUACUAAAUUUAAUAUGUUUCGUAUAUGGAUAUUGUCUCUUUGAAAUUCGUUAAUGGUUAUCAGGUGUGGUUUAUUCAGGAUUUAUCAUCAUCAUCAUCAUCAUCAUCAUCAUCAUCUCCUCAUCCUACUUCCAUAGGGUCGGCGCAACAGGUUUCUG